AUGGAAUUGAAAAUCUUACAAAUCAAUCUUCAUCAUAGUAAAGCCGCAACCGCUAACCUUGUCUACCUCAUGGAGAGUAGACAAUACGACGUAGCCCUGAUACAGGAACCCUGGGUUGUAAGAGGGAAUAUCAAGGGUCUACAAUCUAAAGAACUACAGCUGUACAAGUCAAAUCUUGACAGUCAAAAUAGUAACCCUAGAACAUGCAUAGUAGCUAAGAAACAGUUUAAUCUUUUUCUUCUAACUACUUACAGCAACACUGACCAGACCACGGUAAGGUUGGAGCGAGAUGGGCUCCCAAUGCUCAUCCUCUCGUCUACUUAUAUGCCGUAUGACGGUACAGAAGGACCACCAGCAGAUAUCACUGAAACGUUGGUAUCUUUUGCAAGUAAGAAUAAAUUUGAUAUUAUUUUAGGUUGUGAUUCUAACUCACACCAUAUGCAAUGGGGUAGCACUGAUACUAAUACAAGGGGCGAGUCCCUUUUUGAAUUUAUUAUCGAGAAAAACUUGCUCGUAGCUAAUAGAGGCAACACCCCAACUUUUGUUACAAAAACACGGGAAGAAGUUCUUGAUAUCACCUUGACGAGUAAUUCAGAUACUUGCCAAUUAGAACAAUGGAAGGUUUUAGAUGAAAUCUCUUUUUCCGACCAUCGCUUAAUAGAAUUCUACGUCCCUGAUGCUGCCCGGCACAUUAAACCUUUUAGGAAUAAUAGGCGUACCGAUUGGCAUGUCUUCAAUAGGGAAUUAGUAAAAAACAUUAGUCACUUAAACAAUGACAAUAACCUAGACACAAAUAGUCUUGAUAAACUGACAGAGGAAUUCACAGGAAUUCUACGCGAUGCAUUGGACAAAAGCUGUCCUCGGUGA